GUGGCUCGCCAGAUGGCUUCUCCCAUCUCACAACUUUGACAGAGAAGUUAAAAAAACUCACCACCACCACCAACCACCAUCUCCAUCGCCACCGCCAGCUCAGCCACCGUCAAUAAACAUAAGAAGACUAAGCAACAACACGAGACCAGAACAUUGUUGUAAUAAAUACAAAAAAAAAAAGAACAAGACUUUCUUCUGCUUUGUUCUGUCACAUCUCUGUCUUGCCGGCACCAUUGACUGGGUCUCCCCCUUUGGAGUCUUUCUCGCGCAAAGAACUUAUCUUUCUUGGAAUUUUUGAGGUGGGAGUCCCAGUUUCUGGGUGCUGGUGUAGUGAUUAGAUUUUCGUGUAUUGUGGAAGUCACUGAUUUAUUUCUUAAAUAUGUGGGGGAGCGCGGCAGAGCCUGCGGAUUCUUAUUAUGAGGUCCGCCCGGAGUGUACCGAUGUGCCCAAGACCCAAUUUAAAAUCAAGAUAGAGCACAUUUGAAGACAUUUAGUCAGAACUCAGAAUCAUAUCUGUAAAGCGAUUUUGAGCUGCGGCCUGGUAAAACCCUUAGUGCAAGGAGAUGGCAGGCUGCAUUUUCCACAGAAGGGUAUCUGGAUAUGGGUAAAGUUCUAAAUCGAAUUCAACGCGGGGGUAUCCAUCCAUCAAUUAGAGGAGAAGUUUGGGAAUUUCUGCUUGGUUGUUAUCAUGCUAAGAGCACAUUUGAUGAGCGAGAGCACAUUCAGCAGCGUCGAAGGGAGCAAUAUGCUACGUGGAAGGAGGAGUGCCGAGAACUUUUUCCCAUUGUUGGAAGCGGCAAAUUUAUUACGGCACCUAUAAUCAGUGAACAUGGUCAGCCCAUUCAAGAUCCUUUAGUACUUCAACAAACAAAUCUCGGAAGGGGUCCUUUAACCCCUCAGGAGACUGCAAAUGCUUCCAGUGUGGACAUGAUUAAGGAGCUUACAAGUCAUGGUACGCUGGACAAGAAAGUGAUCCAGUGGAUGCUUACACUUCAUCAAAUAGGUCUCGAUGUGGUUCGCACUGACAGGACAUUGGUGUUUUACGAGAAACAAGAAAAUUUGUCAAAACUUUGGGAUAUCCUUGCUGUGUAUGCAUGGAUAGACAAAGAUGUUGGCUAUUGUCAAGGAAUGAGUGACCUUUGCUCCCCAAUGAUAAUGCUCCUUCAAGAUGAAGCUGAUUCAUUUUGGUGCUUUGAACGAUUGAUGCGCAGAUUGCGAGGAAAUUUCAGAUGCACCGAGACCUCAGUAGGGGUGGAGACACAGCUUAGUAAUUUGGCAGCAAUUACUCAAGUUGUUGACCCAAAACUUCAUCAGCACUUGGACACGCUAGGUGGAGGCGACUAUCUAUUUGCCUUCCGGAUGCUUAUGGUUUUGUUUCGUCGAGAGUUUUCCUUUUGUGAUUCUCUAUACCUCUGGGAGAUGAUGUGGGCCUUGGAAUAUGACCCCGAUUUGUUCUCUAAGUACAAAGAUCCUGAUGUCACAGCUGAUAAGGCUGAGGGAUCUAAAGGAAAGCCGAAGUCAAUACGACAGUUUGGGAAGUUUGAGAGGGAAAAUGUGAGAAAUGGAGCGAGUAAUUCAGAUGCUCCACUCCCCAUUUCUGUUUUCCUUGUUGCCAGCGUUUUGAAAGAGAAGAGCUCAAAGUUAAUGACUGAAGCCCGUGGCCUGGAUGAUGUUGUCAAGAUAUUAAAUGACAUAACGGGAAAGUUAGAUGCCAAGAAAGCUUGCACUGGGGCAAUGAAACUUCACAAGAAAUAUUUGAAAAAGGCCAAGAAAACAUAGUUUUAAUGUGUAAGCAUGCGAUUCUUUUUUCUUUUCUUUUCCGCGGAUUCAGAAGAACAAGGGAUGCUUAUGCAGUUCUCUUUCAUCUUGCUGAUUGAUAAGGUCGGAAAGUCUCUACUCAGGGACUACGCAAUGGUACAAUUAGUCUGUCUCAUUCUUUGUAUACGGAACGUUCUUUGCAAGGUCUAGUGUACGAGUUGAUAUUGUAUUACACAAUGGUAUUCGCUUAAUUCAAUGAAAUACAAAGAAAAUAA